UCCACUUCGUACUGUCCAUUGUGUAGGUGCAAAUACGAGUUUUGGUCACAUCACGUGUUGGCUCUUAGUUUUUCGUGUUGACUCGUCGUUGGCUUAGAUAUAUCUCUUAAGCCUAAUGUUGAUUCCUUUCAAGCUUAAAAAGCAGUAGAGAGGUUGGGUAUAUUCACUUGAAACCGGGUUCAUAGACACGUAGCUAACAGGUCUCAUAUAAACAAUUCUACUGUCUUCCCGUUUGCAUUAUGCCUUCGACCUUCGCAAACUUGGAACUACAUAUAUAACAAUAUAUUUGUGUUUCAAUUCAAGCCAUGCUUCCAAAUUUACCCAUGCGAUUAGUAAAGAAUCUUGUGAAUUUUCCGGCUGUUGUUAGACAAUCUAUUAUUGACUCGUAUGAAAAACUAAAAUCUACGGACUAUCGUGCAAUUUAUGAAAUUUACGAUAAUCUAACUGGAUUGGAUCGUGUUAGAUCCUUACAUGUUGGAGUCGCUGAAGCUGAAAGAAACUUCGUACAGAAACAAAUCGAAAGAAGAGCUUGUCAAACGGAAGUGUUUCAGUUAGAAGAAGCUAGAAAUCGAAUUAACAUACAACUAGAUAGUGUUAAACGUAGUGAUGAAAGUUUUUUGAAAUUAGUUACAGAGUUGCAUGAGCUUUCACGUCAACAUCAACAAGCUCGUGAUAAGUUAACAUCUAUUGAAUUAGCUGAACAAGUAACAUUUGAACAAUUCUCUAGUAUUCUACGUCAUUCACAAGCUGAAGAACGCAUUCAAGCUAGCCGAAUGCGACAAUGGACUGUUGGAUUUAGUUUAGCUGCUGGUUUGAUUGGUUUUAGCGCUACAUGGAUACGUUUUCGUCAACUUGAUAAGCAAAAUGCAUCAUCACUUCGCUUAACUUCUGCUACUGGUCAGCCAACUACUGAGUACUCCUUCCAAGAUAUAACUUCCAGUCUUCACUCAUCCAAUCAGAAAUUAAAAACAACAUUGGAUGACUUAAAUCAAAUAAGAAAUAAUUUGAACGAUUUGAUCAAAACACUGAAAGAAAAUUUGAACGUGAUAAAUAUGAAUAUUACAAAGUCAUCUGAUGUUAAGGAUGGUCAAUUACCUGUUGGCAAUAUGAUUGCAGAAAUUCCUAGUAUUGAUGAAACAAAAUAUAUGUAUUAUGCUUAUGGAACUGGUAUAUUACUUUUGUCUACUUUCAUAUUAUUCUUAAUUAAUAGAUAAAAUUGAUAUGG